AUAGAGCUCGUCGCUGCUGGUAUGGUGUUGAUGAGGUGAUAUUACCUCAGAUUACUGACCUACCCAUUGAUGAGUAUCAUAUUUGUGAACAGUUUGUCCAUUAUCAUAAAGAAAGUUGUAAAGAGGCAUUAUCUCCGGACGAAAUACGUGAGAGGUAGGUUUCAGGUCCAUCGCAGUUCGUUGCUACCUCUAAUUUAUUACAGUUUUCCUACUGUAUAUAUAUAUAGCCAUGCAUAGCGAGCAGCGCGACUGCGAAGAAUUGAUUUUAGUAGGAAGUAAAAUAUGAUCAAAAUCUUUCCAACGCUUUUUUGUACUUCAUUGGAUGUAUUCGUCGUAUAGAUGGUGAUAAUUAAUGUCAAUUUCAUUCCAGCAGAUAAUUUUUACUUAUCCAAAAAUGAAACGCAUUUUUAUCGUCUCAAAGAACGUUUGAUUUUAUAAUGAAACACCAUUUUCAGAUUUUUAUCUUUUUGGCUCGUUUUUUCGUUAUUUUAGGUUCUUACAUGCAAAUUACCUUUAUGCUAGAAUUACGUCACAGGUGCAUAAUGACUUAAAAUUAAAAGCGGUUUACAUUGAUCCUAAUAAAAUGAAAAUGCUUCGUAAACAGGAAUGUGUGUCGACUUUGUUUCAAACACGAAACGUGAGUGGUUUUCAGUGGUUUGGGUGAUUAUAGUCUAAGUAAGCAUGUUCUACUCUCUGUGGUCAGUCAUACAUGGGUGACGCAUGAUAAUUUAAUUUACACAUUAAAUAAUAUACUGGCUCGAACGGUCUGUGCCAGUUUGUUGGUAGUGCCGAUAAUGAGAGAACUGCGGAUUGAUAGGGAUGAAACUACCUGACAAAAUACAAGAAAACUUGUCGUGGUGCGUGGACAGCAACCAUAUCAGUCCGGAGUUUUGUAUAUAUCAAACGUAUAUACUGCCAUCUCUCAAAAACACGCAGCAAAAGAACAACAAUUUGAAAAAAGAAGUUACUCUAUAGUUUUCAAUGUUCAUACUAAUGACACAAUACAAAUUUUGGCAUUUGACGCAAUUUACGCGGCUGUGAAUGACAGUAUUCAAAGCGGCUACGGAAAGUAUUUACUUAGAUUCUGAUCGAGUUUUCUAAAAACUAUUCGUAUACCCUUCUGAAUGCGCUCUAAAAACCUAUGCUACAUAACAAUGUUAAUUAGGCCUACCAUUAAAAUAAACCGCCGAGUGCAAUCCGUAUUUCUUGCGAAACUUUCCGCUGUUAUGGGCGUGGAGAUUUAUAGCCAUAUGGUAAUACACUGAUUUUUCUAUUUUUUUAGUUCAUUGGACAGUAGUUACAGUAUUAACGAUUGUUCAACCAGUUUCCGUGGAAGCGAACUAGUUGAUUGGUUAUUGGAAGUAGGACUUGUAGCUGACCGUAUUACCGCUGUACAUUAUGGGAACAGUUUAUUAAGGGGUCGAGUCAUUCGUCAUUCUCAAAACCGUUACUAUUUCAGAGAUUCAAAUCGGACAUACGAGUUUUGUCCUGGUUGGAAUAGUAAAGUGGUUCAAGAAAGAUGUUGAACCACUUUAUUCUCUUUAAACCACUGAUUUACUGUAGGCUAGCGCUGUUCUGGUAUAACACCAUUACUGUGCGAACAUGAUUAAUAUGGUCAAUGCAUUAUUUAUAGAGACUCCAUUCUACUCAUUAGGGAAGUUCGCGCAUUGGGGAGGACGGGCCCUUUGCAUGAAAUCUGAUUGUAUUAAGUUAUUUUCCUGUAUUUGCUUUCGUACAUAUUUAGUACAGUUUUAGAUGGUUUACAGGAUUUCACCAGGGCAGAACAUUUUUAAUCAAUUCUGUUCGAUAAAAACUACUUGCAUGCUCUACGGUUCGCAAUGCUAGUAUUUUAUAGUGAUUUGAGUAACUAUUUAGAGAUUUCCGCCGCGCUUUUACAAUUAGAGCAUAGAUAUCUUAUAUACACUAGAUAGUGCAUCUAAUUAUUCUGCAAUUCAAAAAUUGAAGCCGUGAUUACAGAUUCAGCUAGGAUAUUCCCAUGAAAUGAGAAGACUGGUAUGUUUACUAUUUCUUUAACAGGGAACUUAAACAUUAAGUUAAACCUAUUCCAAAUACAUUUUCAAACUAUGCAAAUGAUGAAAGUUAUUGUUGUUCUUUAAGCGUUUAUUAGCGAGUGGGAAACUCCGACAUCGCCGCCAUCUAUUCAAAUGGGAGUAACCGCUGGAAUAUUCGUGGCUUCAAUUUUACUAAAAGAGAUGCACUAUCUAGUGUAUAUAAGAUAUCUAUGAAUUAGAGAGUUGAGCAAAUACAACGGCAACGAGAACGUGAUCAUCAACAAUAGCAUCUUUACUCCAAGACAAAGGCGACUAGUAUAAUUUGCAUUCCUUAUAAGCAUUCUAGUACGUCGUAGUUGUUCAAACUGCUACGUUAUUUACAUCACUUUCACGGCUCAUGACCACGCCAAAAGAGUAAAACUUUCAAGUCCUUUGUUGUGUUUUAUGUGAAUUCACUUACUAUUGCUUCUUCAGGGUUGUUUAAAAGAAAGAUAAGUGCUUUUAAAAGUUUAGGGAUGUGUGUUUCGCUCAAAUACAAAAACAUAAGUACUUUUUAUUUUCUGUCGUCGUCAUUGUUGAUUGCCAAACUCACUAAUAUGAGCGUUAAAACGCUGCCAAUCAAAACGCUGCGACGAUAAUUCCCCACAUGUGAGAAAAAUCAAAAAAUCACCAAAAACGGUGAAACGCUAAAUUUCACUUGUGAUAAAUAUCGUCUAUAUACGAUUUUUAUUUCACCAAACCACUGCCCCGGCUUAAGCUAAAUCGCCGAAGUGAGAGUUUUUAUUGAAUUUCCGCUAAUAAAACUCUCAAGGCUAUAGAAAUUAACUUCAAAUAUUUCCUCUUUAUCUAUUUAAAUAUUUAAGCUUUAAUCGUAUUUUGAGUUUAUGGAUUAUUAUUACUAAACUCUAUUUAAACACGGUACUAUUUCACAAGCUACAUACAUGUAUAAAAAUAUGUAAAAUAAAAAUAAUGUGAUCUUCCAAUAGGCCGUGUGUUUAACUAUGUUAUAACACUAUCUCCAGCAUACAUAUAUAGACUAUUCAACUAAUACAUAUUACUUACAAAUGUAACAAUAUUAAAAAUGUACUCUCAAUUGAUGUCUUGAGUUUUGAUUAAAAAAUAUUAACACUUUCUGAUUUUUUUAUUCACUUGGUAGAUUAUUCCAGGCCACUGCACCUCUAUGGCUAAUUGACUUUUUCAGGUAGUAUUGUUUUAGGCUUCGGUGGUAGGAAAUCAUGUUUAGCUUGUCUCGUUUGGUG